AUGGAUGAUACAUCAUCAUUGCGUAGACAUUAUUCAGAAAGUGAAUCCAAUAAUGAUAAUAUUGUAGAUAGCGCGAAUCCUAGUAACCCAUUCGAAUUUAUCACAACUCCUAGCACGAAUGAACCUACUCCAAACGAAUUUGCUAUUAAUCGAAAUGAACCUAUUCAAAACGAGGUUAACCCGAAGGAAACUUCGUCGUUAUCAAAGCAAAGCUCUCAAGUUUAUAUUUCCGACCCAUUUGAAGAAAUUACAGCGGAAACAUCUUAUGACCCAACACUUCCCAACAACGAUUCAUCUAUUAUCGAAUUUCCGACACCCGCAAUUAUAAGAACAUCUCAAACAGAUAUUCCAACAAAUCCAUUUCAUGCUUUAAUUGAAUAUAACAAAAACAAUUCUUCUCUAGACCGAAAGAUGUGUAAGGAUACAGAUGAAAUAUCACCGCCGCCUUACCCUACAGAUUCAAAAACGUCUCCAUCUCAUUCAGGAGACCACAUCACGAUAACAUUCGCUUCUCCACCAGAAUAUACAGAAUCACCAAUCACCACACAGUCACAACCUAUGUCACAAUCUUCACAUUAUAGUUCAUUAGAAGAUAUAUCAGCGAAUGGUUCACCCAAUGAUGAAUCGUUAAAUUCCACUCAAUUAAAAUAUUGUAAGAUAUGUCAAGAAUCAGAUUCCCCAUCUUCGCAAGGAGAGUCCGUAACAGAUUGCUCAUCGUAUCGUAAGGGUAAAUUAAUUUCACCUUGUAAAUGUAAAGGAUCUCUUCAAUACAUACAUCUUGGUUGUUUAAAUCAAUGGCGCAACUCUAAUGUACGUGAAGAAGCGUCAUAUAGGUGUGAAGUAUGUAAAUACGAAUAUAAAUUUUAUAGAACACGUUUAGCCAAAAUAUUUACGAGUUAUUUUACGCUACAUUUUCUUACAAUAAUUUUAUUAUUCGCCAUAGUUUAUUUAGUUUCUUAUAUAGUAAAGUUAUUUGAUGCACGUAAAGAACCCCUUGAUCUACCAAAGGAUAGAUGGCAGGACACCCCAUUUUUAUAUCUUCAUGUAAUUCAUUUUAUAAUUGGCAUUUCAAUAGUUUCAACUUGGGGACUAAUGUUUUUUAUGUGUUUGGUUUGUUUUAAUGGUUUUGUUCAAACGAGGCAAACUUAUUGUUAUUGUGGUGGUUGUGGCGAACCUUAUAGUUGUUCUAGUGGAAGUUGUGGAUCUGGAUUAGAUUGUGGUGGUUCGGGUGGGGAUUGUGGUGUUUUUAUGGUUAUAAUAGCUGCAAUUGUCUUAAUAACUAUAUUUAUAUUCGGUCUUUCUUGUGCUAUAAUUGCUGCUUAUUUAUUCGUACAAAAAAUUAUAUCAAUUUAUCUUGAAAAAAUUCAUGAACGUAUACUAGAUGUUAAUAAGGAUUAG